AUGGGGCGCAACACCCCCCGCCCUCAGGGGGCGCAACACCCCCGCCCUCAGGGACGCAACACCCCCGCCCUCAGGGGCGCAACACCCCCGCCCUCAGGGACGCAACACCCCCGCCUUCAGGGGCGCAACACCCCCCGCCCUCAGGGGGCGCAACACCCCCGCCCUCAGGGGGCGCAACACCCCCCGCCCUCAGGGGCGCAACACCCCCGCCCUCAGGGGCGCAACACCCCCGCCCUCAGGGGCGCAACACCCCCGCCCUCAGGGGCGCAACACCCCCGCCCUCAGGGGGCGCAACACCCCCCGCCCUCAGGGGGCGCAACACCCCCGCCCUCAGGGGCGCAACACCCCCGCCCUCAGGGGCGCAACACCCCCGCCCUCAGGGGCGCAACACCCCCCGCCCUCAGGGGGCGCAACACCCCCCCGCCCUCAGGGGGCGCAACACCCCCGCCCUCAGGGGCGCAACACCCCCGCCCUCAGGGGCGCAACACCCCCGCCCUCAGGGGCGCAACACCCUCGCCCUCAGGGGGCGCAACACCCCCGCCCUCAGGGGCGCAACACCCUCGCCCUCAGGGGCGCAACACCCCCGCCCUCAGGGGCGCAACACCCUCGCCCUCAGGGGGCGCAACACCCCCGCCCUCAGGGGCGCAACACCCCCGCCCUCAGGGCGCAACACAACACCCUCGCCCUCAGGGGCGCAACACCCCCGCCCUCAGGGGCGCAACACCCCCGCCCUCAGGGGCGCAACACCCCCGCCCUCAGGGGCGCAACACCCUCGCCCUCAGGGGCGCAACACCCCCGCCCUCAGGGGAGCAACACCCUCGCCCUCAGGGGCGCAACACCCUCGCCCUCAGGGGCGCAACACCCUCGCCCUCAGGGGCGCAACACCCCCCGCCAUCAGGGGAGCAACACCCCCGCCCUCAGGGGCGCAACACACCCUCGCCCUCAGGGGCGCAACACAACACCCCCCGCCCUCAGGGGGCGCAACACCCCCCGCCCUCAGGGGGCGCAACACCCCCGCCCUCGCCCUCAGGGGGCAACACCCCCCGCCCUCGCAACACCCCCGCCCUCAGGGGCGCACCCCCGCCCUCACAACCCCCGCCCUCAGGGGCGCGCAACACCCUCGCCUUCAACACCCCCGCCCUCAGGGGCGCAACACCCCCGCCCUCAGGGGCGCAACACCCCCGCCCUCAGGGGCGCAACACACCCUCGCGCCCUCAGGGGAGCAACACCCUCGCCCUCAGGGGAGCAACACCCCCGCCCUCAGGGGAGCAACACCCUCGCCCUCAGGGGAGCAACACCCUCGCCCUCAGGGGAGCAACACCCCCGCCCUCAGGGGAGCAACACCCCCGCCCUCAGGGGCGCAACACCCCCGCCCUCAGGGGCGCAACACCCUCGCCCUCAGGGGCGCAACACCCCCGCCCUCAGGGGCGCAACACCCUCGCCCUCAGGGGCGCAACACCCCCGCCCUCAGGGGCGCAACACCCCCGCCCUCAGGGGCGCAACACCCCCGCUCUCACACACCCCCGCCCUCAGGGGCGCAACACCCCCGCCCUUAAGGGCGCAACACCCCCCGCUCUCAGGGGGCGCAACACCCCCCGCUCUCAGGGGGCGCAACACCCCCCGCUCUCAGGGGGCGCAACACCCCCGCCCUCACAUUUCUAUAUCCACUCUCUUCACACUGUAAGAGCCCAGGUGGAGAGUGAACUGGCCCAGGUGGAGAGUGAACUGGCCCAGGUGGAGAGUGAACUGGCCCAGGUGGAGAGUGAACUGGCCCAGGUGGAGAGUGAACUGGCCCAGGUGGAGAGUGAACUGGCCCAGGUGGAGAGUGAACUGGCCCAGGCUCUCCACCUUGGACACUUCCACUAG